GGGACGGAAGUGACGCAGGCGGGAGCCCGGUGGCGCUGCGUGGCGGUCACCGGCGGAGGGACGAUGAAUAGCCGGCUGCAGGAGAUCCGGGAGCGGCAGAAGCUGCGGCGGCAGCUCCUAGCGCAGCAGCUGGGAGCGGAGAACGCGGACAGCAUCGGGGCCGUGCUGAACAGUAAAGAUGACCAGCGAGAGAUUGCCGAGACGAGAGAGCUGUGUAGGGCUGCUUAUGAUAUUUCUGCACCAAAUGCAAAACGUAAAUAUCCUGAUGAGGGAGAAGCUGACGAGGAAGAGGUUGAAGAAUAUAAGGAUGAAGUAGAGCUGCAGCAAGAUGAAGAGAACCUGCCCUAUGAAGAAGAGAUUUAUAAAGACUCCAGCACCUUUCUUAAGGGCACUCAGAGCUUAAAUCCGCACAAUGAUUACUGCCAACACUUUGUGGACACAGGACACAGGCCCCAGAACUUCAUCAGAGAUGUUGGCUUAGCAGAUAGGUUUGAAGAAUAUCCAAAACUUAGAGAGCUCAUCAGAUUGAAGGAUGAGCUGAUAUCUAAAUCUAACACUCCUCCCAUGUACUUGCAGGCAGACUUGGAAGCUUUUGACAUUAGGGAACUGAAUUCCAAGUUUGAUGUGAUUCUCCUGGAACCACCACUGGAAGAGUACUACCGAGAGACUGGCAUUACUGCCAAUGAAAAGUGCUGGACCUGGGAUGAUAUCAUGAAAUUGGAAAUUGAAGAGAUUGCAGCCUCAAGGUCAUUUGUGUUCCUGUGGUGUGGCUCAGGCGAGGGUCUGGAUCUUGGCCGAGUGUGUCUGCGCAAAUGGGGUUACAGAAGAUGUGAGGACAUCUGUUGGAUUAAAACCAAUAAGAACAAUCCUGGAAAGACCAAGACUCUAGACCCUAAGGCUGUUUUCCAACGAACCAAGGAGCACUGCCUCAUGGGCAUAAAGGGAACUGUGCGUCGCAGCACAGAUGGGGACUUCAUCCAUGCCAAUGUUGAUAUUGACCUGAUCAUCACAGAAGAGCCUGAAAUUGGCAACAUAGAAAAACCUGUGGAGAUUUUUCACAUCAUUGAGCAUUUCUGCCUUGGACGGAGACGCCUUCAUCUCUUUGGAAGGGACAGUACAAUUCGACCAGGUUGGCUGACUGUGGGACCCACCCUCACUAACAGCAACUUCAAUGCAGAAACGUAUUCUUCAUACUUCACAGCUCCUAACUCCCACCUGACGGGCUGCACUGAGGAGAUCGAGAGACUUCGGCCCAAGUCACCACCACCCAAGUCCAAGUCUGAUCGGGGUGGUGGUGCUCCCAGGGGAGGAGGGCGAGGAGGAACUUCAGCAGGGCGAGGGGAGAGGGGCAGAGAGAGGAACAGAACUAACUUCCGGGGUGAGAGGGGUGGCUUCAGAGGGGGACGUGGAGGUACCCAUAGAGGAGGCUUCCCCACCCGCUGAUGACUGUUAGAUAAUAAUUCUUCCCCUAGUCCUAUGCCUCCUCUCUGAAUCUUUUUCUUAGUCAUGAUUUUCUAAAGUGAAUUAUUCUGAGACUGAAGCUAGGUAACUUCUGAAAUUUGUUUUUGGUGCAAGCAGUGACAGAUACCUGCCUUCCAGUGACCAUCCUGGACAUCACCUCACCCAGCAGGCAGGUCCUGCAACUGACAGCACUAAGCUUGGCCUCCUGACAGCUGCUCCAAGCAGAGAGCACCCUUGCUUCAAACCAUGGGUAGGACUGAAGUGGAGACACUUGCUCUUCCCUUAUGAAACUUGCAAGUUGUGGGGCUGCCUUGACUGUCAUUUUCUCCAAAACUCGGGUUUCUCUUCCUUCCAUGGAGUUUUUGGUUUGGACUGACUUGAAUAGUAAGAUGGAGUGGGUACAAAAUGCAGUUCUGAACUGCAUGGCCAUAGCAGGCUUACUCACCACAGAAGAGAAAGUGCUGUGUCUAUAAUGACACCUAUUUUAUGCUCUCUUAAACCAAGGAGCAAGUUGAAUAAAUAAAACUAUUUUUUUAUUA